AUGACCCUUGGGGCAGAGUGUCGGAACACAGAAAACAGUGGGAGCAGGCAACUCUGCUGGUCAGAGUAUGUCCUCUUCGAGCUCCUGGGUAAAGUGGCACUGAUGGAGACAAGUCUCCAGAAAUUGUCACCUAGGCUUUGGAGAAGGAAGUGGUGGAGGAGUUGCUCCUCAGCCCUUACUUCUUCUCCUCAACAAGCAUACUGCUACCCUAAUUCUACCCUUACAACACUGGGAGUUAUGAAUGCUUUCACAGACUCUAGAGUAUCCUCUGGCAAAGAUAACAAGAGAGAUAAAAAUGCCUUGACAACCUUUCCAGUAUCUUCCAGGCAGAAUAUUAACAAUAGCUUACAGCGAAGUAAAGUGAUACCCGUAAUCUAUGUGGAACCCAUCAAUGAAACCUUACACCAGGAUGAUGUGACAUCAGUAUCUUAUGUGGAACCCAUCAAUGAACUCAAAGUUCCAUCUGAAGUCAGAGCAGCAUCCUUAUGUGAAUUCACCAGUGAAAACAUUGCUUCAUCUGAACUGACAACAGACACUCAGGAAGAAGACCUGGCUGAAAGCAACAAGAUUAAGAAAAUUGUGCGUUUAAUUGUAUCAUCUGCUGCAUUCAGGAAACAGCAUUACUUUUCUGAUUUCCUUAACAACAUAAAUGCAGUCAUUACUGGGGUGAUUCUGCUGGUCGACAUCCUUUACUUUCUUCAUAGCUUGAUGUUUAUUAGUGGUAUCCCCAGAUUGUCAAUUUUUUCCCGAGUUCUGCGACUUGUCAUUCUGAUGAGACUUUUCCAUCUGGUUUAUCAAAAAAGACAUCUUGAAAAACUGACUAGAAGGCUGGUUUCGGAAAACAAAAGACGAUACCAAAAGGAUGGAUUUGAUCUGGACCUCACUUAUGUUACUGGUUUGUGA